CCCUCGGAGGAAGGCCCGUCUCUGGCCGCUGCCGACCCCUGGGACCUUCUCGGCCGGCGCCUCGCGUGUUUGUAGAUAUUGAAUCAGCUCUGCAACGUCCACGUUUCCUUACAAAGUGAUUGCUGUUCUCCGCCGAGGACGUGUUUUCCUUCUGUGCAUUCCCAGUGUGUUUACCUUUGCCCCGUGGGGUGGACUCUGGAGAGCUGCAUGGAAAUCUUUAUCUGAUCCCUCUACAUCUGAGACGUCUCAAGUCCACGGGUGUCUGCACGCCGCCCAGCAUGGUGGACGCCAGCCACCUACCACCUCCGCCACCACCGCCAGAUCCCCAGUUUGUCCUUCGAGGCACCCAGUCAGCGGUGCAUGCCCUGCAUUUCCACAGAGGAGAUGAGGCUCAGGGCCACCCGUUCCUCUUCUCAGGGUGUCAGAGCGGCCUGGUGCACAUCUGGAGUCUGCAGACACGGAGACCUGUGGCCAUCCUGGAUGGUCAUGGGGGCCAGUGUGUGACCUGGCUGCACAUGUUGCCCCAGGGUCAGCAGCUGCUCAGCCAGGGCCGGGACCUGCGCCUGUGCCUGUGGGACCUGGAGGAGGGUAGGAACGCCAUCGUGGACUCUGUGCCCUUGGAGAAUGUGGGCUUCUGCCGGAGCUCCGUCCUGGCUGAGGCUCAGAAGCCGCGCUGGAUGCUCGCCAUGCCAGGGAAGGGCAGUGACGAGGUCCAGAUUCUGGAGAUGCCAUCCAAGACGUCGGUGUGUACCCUGAAGCCGGAGGCGGGUGCCAAGCCAGGCAUGCCCAUGUGCCUGGGGCUGUGGCAGGCUGACUCCGGCACCCGCCCCCUCCUCCUGGCUGGCUACGAGGACGGAUCGGUGGCCCUGUGGGACGUGUCGGAGCGGAAGGCCUAUAGCCGCAUCGCCUGCCAUGAGGAGCCCGUCAUGGGCCUUGACUUCGACCCCCAGAGGACCAGGGGCGUCUCAGGCUCGGCGGGCAAAGCGCUGGCUGUCUGGAGCCUGGACGGGCGGCGGGCCCUGCAGGUGUGCCAUACCCAGCAGCUUACGAACCCGGGGAUUGCAGAUCUGACCCUGCGGCCGGACGGCAAGAUCCUGGCCACAGCGGGCUGGGACCACCGAGUCCGCGUGUUCCACUGGCGGAAGAUGAAGCCGCUGGCCGUGCUGACCUUCCACAGCGCUACCGUCCACUGUGUAGCCUUUGCUGUCAAUGGCCUGCUGGCCGCAGGCUCCAAGGACCAACGCAUCAGCAUCUGGUCCCUCUACCCACCCAAACCAUGUGACUCUCACCCGAGCACGUGACUCCCUUACCAACUCACAUGAUGAACUGACCCGCACACAUGGCAACUGUACCAGGGCACAUGACCCACCAUCCCCUCCCUGUGCACUGGGUGGCUGUCAGGGACCAGACACGUGAUGCUGGGCCUCUGCGGGACAGAAGCCAGACCCAAAGCCAAGGAGCCUCUCUGUCUUCGCGCAACUCGCUUUCUUGUAGUGAAACCUCCGUGAGACAGCGGCUCUGGCGUCCAGCCAGGCCCCCAGUGCCCACAGCUUGCUAAAGGGUCCGGUGUGGGGGCCUCAUCAU